CUCGACCGCUCCCCCUCUUUUUAUACUCCUGCCCCGCUCCUCUCCAAAACCCCUCUCCUCACCAUUCAGUCUCACUCCAAAUCUUGGGACAGAAAGGCCACCGUACUGAAAUAGGGAUUGACAGAGGCGGGGCGGGAACCAGCGAGCGAGCGAGCGAGCUCGGCCGGAAUCCGGUCCGACGAGAUGCUCAGGAAGCGGCAGAGGAGCAUGCUGAUGCGCCGGACGACCAGCCUGGCAUCCACGCCGAGGCAGGUGCGCCAGGUGGGCGGCGACGGCAAGCAGGCACGCGCGCGGCCGAUCUUUUAUGUGUCGGCUGACACCGUCGAGAUGGGUGCCGCCUAUGUGAGGAGGGACGCCUUUUCCGGGCUGUUGGUGGCGGCGGCGUUCCUGACGGCCUGCGGCAUCUGCAGCAAAUCCCUCCGCGGCAUAGACAUAUACAUUUACAGGGGCGAGUUUUCAUUCUGCAGCGAUGAGUGCAGGGAACAGUACAUCGAGAUGGAAAAGAAGUACAUCCGCACAUCCAGCAGGAAGGCCCCGUCGGACCAGUCCGGCAGCAGCUGCGGCCGCGGCUCGUGCGGCGGGCCGGGCUAACUCAUUAGCUUAUACUAGCCCCUAGUGAUGUGCCAUACAUAUAUGUGGUACAAUCUCCACCAUGUUUAAACCGUCCGUCCAUGUAUACAACAUAGUCUCGAAUAAUGGUCGGUUUCAUCCCUGUUCCAUGAGUCAGUUCCACCCCUUUGUUGCUGAUAUGGACCUGUGAUGUAUUUACCUACAUGGUCGUCGCUUUA